AUGGUCUCCAGAUACAGAGUUGAAUAUCAAUUGAAAUCUCAUCGCAAGGAUGAGUUGAUCGAGUGGAUCAAAGGAUUGCUAGCUGUGCCGUUCGUACUGCACUCUGCUUCCGAUAAUGAAGACAACAGACAAUUGCUACGCCAGCGUUAUGCAGAGAUCUUCAAGGCGGUCGAAGAUCUUGUUGGCGAACAAGUGGAAGUCCGUGAGCAAGUGCCACCUGAAGACUUUCUAUUUCACCGUCAAAGAACAAGACUUGCACAGCUUGUGCCGUCAGUAGGGGCGUUUUUCACAAGAUUGCCAUUGGAACAAGCAUUCGCGCUCGAAGACAGCAAGAGAGCCAUUUCAGCUAGAGUCAUGGUGGCACCCAGCUUUAACGAUAUACGCCACAUUCUGAACUCGGCUCAGAUUCUGCAAAUGCGCCAAUAUCACGACGUCAAGCUCGUAACGUUCGACGGGGAUGUUACGCUUUAUGAAGACGGGGGAUCGCUCACUCCACACUGUAAAGUUGUGCCAUAUCUUCUGGACUUACUGAGACAAGGAAUUUACGUUGGGAUCGUCACUGCUGCGGGUUACGACGAAGCUCAGAAAUAUAUGGAGCGACUGUUCGGGUUCAUGCACGCUUUGGAGGCCGACGACAGCAUCAGCGACGCUUUCAAGGAAAACGUUGCGGUCCUGGGGGGAGAGUCCAACUAUCUGUUCCGGUACGAUGCAUCUCAGAAGAAAUUGGUGGCGAUUCCGACCGAAAAGUGGAUUCGCUCGCCGAUGCGCGAGUGGAGCGAAUCAGACAUGACAGAGACGCUCGAUCUGGCCGAAUCGCUGCUGCGGGACUUCAGAACGAAUCUGAACCUGCCAGAGGAGUCCACCAUCAUCCGUAAGCCCAGAGCGGUGGGGAUUGUUCCUGGGAACCGGUGGAACCCGGAAACCAAGCGCACAAUACGUGUCAAGAUGGAACGUGAGCAAUUGGAGGAGAUGGUUCUGACCUUGCAGCACCGUAUUGAAAAUUUCGCGCCCGCUCGUCGCAUUCAAUUCAGCUGUUUCGACGGUGGAAGCGACGUGUGGUGCGAUAUCGGUGGCAAGGACCUUGGUGUGGCCGUUCUACAGCACUAUUUCAGCCCCAGCAAUCCUAUAAAGCCCUCUCAGACACUACACAUCGGCGACCAGUUUGCUCCUAUGGGGUCUGCCAACGACUUUAAAGCCCGGUUGUCGGGAAGUACGCUGUGGAUUUCAUCGCCUCAAGAAACUGUAGAAGUUUUACGAUGCUUAACUGAAGGUUUCGAUCACUACAAAUUGCCACCCCACAAGUCCAGUUGA